AUGUAUCGACCACAUUCGAAUGUGUUAAAAUCAAUUAGCAUACUCUACACAGCGUUUUUGUUUUGCUUAUCAUUCGCUGCGGAGAGGGCCCAUGCUACGUCAUCGCCAAUUGACAGUGCCGUGAAUCUGAAUGAAACGCUUGUCGUGACACCCGAGCUGCUGCUGUCGGUGGAGCGAUACGAGACCAAGCACCAACACUCGCUCCUCCAAGCGCACAGUGCACGGAGCUAUGUGUGUGUCCCCCUGUUCCGCGUCUUUAAUCUCGAACUGCAGCAGAUGAAGCUGGCCGAGGAUGAGGUUCUAGCCGUAAGCGGUGAUCACCCCAAGCUGGGUCAGUGGAGUGUAGCCAAGGCGGUGCCGCUCAGAUCCGUCAACAAGGAGCGCACCCACUGGUUCCUGCGCCUGUGGAUUUGCGCCAGUCAGCGCUUCUACUAUCGCUACCUCACUUACGUGGUCAAUGCGCGGGGAGAGCGCGUGCUGCGCCGCUGGGAAGGUCAGCAGGUGGCUCGUAUGCUGCAAACCUAUGAGAUGUACCGAUCGCCGGGCGUGGAUAUCUUUGGGCAAGCCUAUCCGCGAUCGGUAGGUGGAGGUCGACAGCUGCAUCGCGGUUGGCUCCAGCACGAGUAUGUCGUGGAACUGAAGUUUGUGUGGCAGCAACACCUGCAACUGGAUAGACAAUCGGAGCUGGCCAAGUAUCGGCUACACCUGACGGCCCUUAGCCUAAUGGACGACGUUAACAUCGAGGUUUCUCGCUACGCCUAUAAUCGUUCCUCCUUUCGGCAGCAACCAAAGAUGGGCGUGCGCUACAGUUCCGGCUCCAUCGUGAUCUUUAGAAUUAGUCAGGCCCUGGGUACGGCCCAUGCCUUGCGUAUGGAAAUCAGGGAUAAUCAGCAAGAUCCCUUGGGGGAGGCUUAUAUUUGGCCCUUGGAACUACGGGGCAGUCGCGGCAUUUUGCAAGUGCCCGUCUAUGGAUCCCUACAGCCAGAGAAGGUCGGCGAGCUCAUUGUACCCUAUCUUGUGGUGCAGCCCAUGCCAAGAGCUGCCGCCUGUAAUCUGAGAGUUAGUUUCCAGCGCUACUGGCCCAACAAUUGGCCAACAAUGGAUGUAGGAUAUCGCGGUCUGGGUGUCAGUUACAGCAGCGGACAGAUGAAGUUGUUGGAAAACACCAUCGAGAGUAUGCUCGCUGUGCCGGCUUCCAAGGGAGAUAUGGUCCUGCUGGAGGUACAUCUAACACGCGAUUACGUACCAGUGCUGUGGCAUGGCUUCGGAUUCUACACGGCGGGGCCAGACAAGCGGGUGCAAGAUCGCUUUGACCUUCGCUACGUGCUCAUUCGACAGCUUAGCUAUGUGGAGCUAAAAGCGAGUCGGGUCUUUAUGCUUCAGCGCUGGACGAUACAAGAAUAUACACACCUUAAUGUGCUUGGUGGACGCCAGUCACAGCGUCUGUUUCCCAAGCUCAAGGAGGUGUUUGAGGCGCUGCCUAAGACGCUGGGACUGAUUGUGGAGAUCAAGUGGCCGCAGCUGAUGGAGUCUGGCGUAAUGGAGUCCACACAGCCGCACAACAAAAAUGUUUAUGUCGACACGAUGAUUGAGACAGCGGCCCGUCAUGGUUGUGGACGAGCGCUCAUCUUUGCUAGCUUCGAUGCCGACAUAUGCACCAUGCUGGCCCUCAAGCAACACGCCUUUCCCGUCAUGCUGAUGAGCAUUGGCCAGUCUUCGGUGUGGGAUGCCUACAUGGACCUGCGCACACAGAGCUUCACGGAUGCCAUCAACUUCGCCGAGUCUGCGGAAAUUCUAGGCACAGCCACGCAUGUGGAGAAUUUUCUGGGCAACGAGCAGAUGAUCCAUUUGGGACUGGAUAUGCAACAGGUGGUGUUCAUCUGGGGCAACGAUUUGGGCCAGGAUGAAAAACUGCUGGAGCGUUUCCGCGCGGAGGAUGCAAGUGGGCUCAUCUACGAUAAUAUUGAGGAAGUGGGGCCGGGCUCUUGGAAGCGAGCGCCAUUUUUCGAAGCGGCACAGUUACUGGAACUGUUCAGCGCUCAAUGCGUCGCUAUUGGCAAUUCGACAACCGCCCCCGGCGUGAAGCCGCCUAAGCCCACCAUAUGGCCAAAGCAGAGAUAGCAACUGUCAACCAGGCAGCUCAAAAUGUGAUCUCAAGUAGGAAGGUGUAGAAUUAAGUAUUGCUUAACAACAAGAGAUAGUCUUAUAGUCGAUGGAACCCGCCGUUAAAUACCCUGUACCCGAAAAAACAUGCCACUAUUGUGGUACACAUGCUAUUAAACGCGCUUACUCGUUCAAAAGAAGAGCAGGAAGGAAAUGCUACAGUGGAGCAGGACCAACUCCUAUUCCCAAAAGACAAACAACAAAUGCAUUUAAGUUAAAAAAUUAAUUAAUAUAAUAAUAUAUAGUUAUAUAAAAUAUACGUAUCGACAUGGC